UUAAAUCACAGUUGUGUGAUAAAUGGUAAUAACAGUUGGUAGUUUAGAGGUUUGUGUGUUGUGUUUUCAGUAACUUGGUUAAAGGGGAUCAGUGGAGCUGUGCUCAGCUCUGUACAGCCAUCAAACUCCGGUCUCUCCCUGCAAAGCACACUGGGUAGGCGCUCUACGCCCAAAAUGGCGGCAGGAUUGAAAAGUUUGGUGGUGUUUUUGUUGUAGUUUUCAGUCCCUCUGUGCUUCAUCCGCUGUCUUUCCGACCCCGGGAGCGGUGGUGGUCGGUACCGGGCGGGCUGCUGUUUCCGUGGCUGUGCUGGAGAGGGGAUGUGAGCGGCGGGUGGUCGCCCCGAGCCCGCUCUCCGCCGGGGGGACUCUCCGCGGUACACCGCCGCUGCUCGCGGACUGCGGCCGCCGGGCGCUGAACCCGUGACCCUCCUCUGCGCGAUUAGAGAGAAGAUGAAGAGCUGCUGUAGAAAUGGAGGAUGAAGUGAAGAAAGUUAAAAAGCCAGGUAUAGUGUCUCCGUUUAAGCGAGUGUUUCUGAAGGGGGAGAAGGGGAGAGAUAAAAAGGCUCAAGAGAAGUCCACCGAGCGCAGAGCCCUCCACACCUUCUCGCUUUCUGUCCCAGACCACCGCAUUGACCCAGACAUCCUUCUCAACGACUACAUUGAGAAAGAGGUCAAGUAUCUGGGUCAGCUCACCUCAGUCCCAGGAUACCUCAACCCCUCCAGCCGCACUGAAGUUCUGCAGCUCAUUGACAAUGCCAGGAAGUCUCACCAGCUAGCAGGUCAACUGACGUCAGAACAGGAUGCUGUGGUUAGCUUAUCAGCAUAUAACGUGAAGCUAGUGUGGCGUGAUGGUGAAGAUAUCAUCCUGAGGGUGCCCAUUCAUGAUAUUGCUGCCGUUUCAUACAUCCGAGACGACUCGCUGCACCUAGUGGUGUUAAAAACAGCUCAGGAACCAGGUGGCUCUCCUUGUCCAAGUACAUGUCCAGAACUGUCCAAGUCACUCACUUUAAGCUCACUGUCUGAGAGCGGAGCUGUAGAGGUCUGCUGUCUUCUCGUGCUGGCCGUUGAGAACAAGGCAGCGGCGGAGGAGCUCUGCUUGCUCCUAAGUCAGGUCUUCCAGAUUGUCUACACAGAAUCUACCAUCGACUUCCUGGACAGGGCCAUCUUCGAUGGAGCCACAACGCCUACAAGGCACUUCUCUGUGUACAGUGAUGAUUCUUCAAGCAAAGUAGAUGAUAAAGAGCAGUUUGAAGGAGAAGCCGGAACUUUCCUGUUUCAGAGUUCGCUAGAAGCUGCAGGACACUCCCCCUGUCCCUCCCCGUCAUCCACACCGGCUUCACCACAGGACAAAACCGUCAGUGAGAGUGAGCUAAGCACAACAGCAACAGAAUUACUGCAGGACUACAUGACCACGCUGAGGACCAAGUUGUCUUCUCAGGAGAUUCAGCAGUUCGCCACACACUUGCAUGAGUACAGAAAUGGUGCCUCCAUUCACGAGUUCUGUAUCAACUUGAGGCAGCUUUAUGGGGACAGCAGGAAGUUUCUUCUACUUGGCCUCAGGCCCUUCAUUCCAGAGAAGGACAGCCAGCACUUCGAGAACUUCCUCGAAACCAUUGGCGUGAAGGAUGGCCGUGGCAUCAUCACCGACAGCUUUGGGCGCUACAGACGCACUGCCAGCUCCGCCUCAGACUCCACCACUAACGGCAAUGGGGCAGCAGGUGGCUCAGAUGAAGGAACAUCACCCUCAGAGGGUGACGAGUGGGACCGCAUGAUCUCUGACAUCAGCAAUGACAUUGAGGCACUAGGGUGCAGUAUGGACCAGGACGGGGUGUCACCCUGACAAACUUUAAGGGCUGGAGAAGUCACCACUUUAUCUAUAUAUACUGUAUACUGACUGUCACAUGGUCUACUGGUCCAUGUCACUAUCAGUCAAAUAAUGCUGGAAUGUGGAUACUUUGCCACCUAGGCUCGAUCCAGACUGUCACGUAGUGGUGUGGGUGUGACCACAUUGCUGUCAUUCAGAUUGGAUGAUGGUUCUCCUCGAGACACUUGAAAUGCAAGGCGACUCUCUGUAACUGUGCACGGCGCAGUUAACUUUUUCUGUGUUUAUUGGCAGUAUCUGCUAUCAGUUAUCGGACGUUGCUUUUUUUUAUCUACUGAUCUAAAACCAGCCUUUUCAUUUCUCUUUUUUUGUGUCUGUGUGUGUGUACUCUUCCUGAAUUAGCUGUGUGCAGAGCAUUAUUCUGUGAACAUACUUUUGUAACUUUAUUAAGGGCUUGAUAUUUAGCUUAUAAGUUGAGGCUAGAGAUGCACCGAAAUUACCAUUUUUGUUAAAAGCUGAGCUCAAUGUAGUUUGGCCAAAUACCAAACAUUUUUCACCAUCGAAUAAAUUAAAUUGCCUACAUGCAUUUUUAUCUUGCUUUUCAAAGAAAAGGCAGUUACAAAACUACCAUUAGAAUAUUAAUAUGCUUAAGCUUUUUAAUAUCCCAGCAGACAUACCAAUAAACACAAUCAGUAUAUUUACCUCAGCACUGCAAUUUUUAAUCAUGAAUGUACUUCAGCAGUGCCGUUCUAAUCAUACAUUUACCUCGGUAGUGCAUCUGAGUAAAUUGACAUAGAGAAAUACAGCCAGUCUUUUGGUAAACAAACAAAUGCCAAGUCUUAGUUAAUUCAGCUUUUAUCACUUUCACAGCUUGUAUCUUUAUCUUUCAUCUGAAAACAGACAGUUUUUUAAAGAGAGAGUAAACUGAUGUUAAGUGUGAUAUGUGAUACCGAAUGCUUUAUUACAUUUUUCUUUUUCGUGUG